AUGACCGCAGCCAGCCGGGCCAACCCCUACAGCAUCGUAUCAUCAGAGGAGGACGGACUGCACCUGGUUACCAUGUCAGGCGCCAACGGUUUUGGCAAUGGCAAGGUGCAUACACGGCGCCGGUGCCGCAACCGUUUUGUCAAGAAGAACGGCCAGUGCAACAUUGAAUUUGCCAACAUGGAUGAGAAGUCCCAGCGCUACCUGGCUGACAUGUUUACCACGUGUGUGGAUAUCCGCUGGCGCUACAUGCUGCUCAUCUUCUCUCUGGCCUUCCUUGCCUCCUGGUUGCUGUUUGGCAUUAUCUUCUGGGUCAUUGCUGUCGCCCAUGGAGACCUGGAGCCCACCGAGGGCCGCGGCCGUACACCCUGUGUGCUGCAGGUCCACGGCUUCAUGGCCGCCUUUCUUUUCUCCAUCGAGACGCAGACCACCAUUGGCUACGGGCUCCGCUGUGUGACUGAGGAGUGCCCGGUGGCUGUCUUCAUGGUGGUGGCACAGUCCAUUGUAGGCUGUAUCAUUGACUCCUUCAUGAUUGGUGCCAUCAUGGCCAAGAUGGCACGGCCCAAGAAGCGGGCUCAGACUCUGCUUUUCAGCCAUAAUGCUGUGGUGGCUCUGCGGGAUGGGAAGCUCUGUCUGAUGUGGCGUGUGGGCAACCUUCGCAAGAGCCACAUUGUAGAGGCCCAUGUGCGGGCCCAGCUCAUCAAGCCCAGGGUCACAGAGGAGGGUGAGUACAUCCCACUAGACCAGAUUGACAUUGAUGUGGGCUUUGACAAGGGCCUGGACCGCAUCUUCCUGGUGUCACCCAUCACCAUCUUGCACGAGAUUGAUGAGGCCAGCCCACUGUUUGGCAUUAGCCGUCAGGACCUCGAGACAGAUGACUUUGAGAUUGUGGUCAUCCUAGAAGGCAUGGUAGAGGCCACAGCCAUGACCACACAGGCUCGCAGUUCCUACCUGGCUAACGAGAUCCUGUGGGGCCACCGCUUUGAGCCAGUGCUCUUCGAGGAGAAGAACCAGUACAAGAUUGACUACUCACACUUCCACAAGACCUAUGAGGUGCCCUCUACGCCCCGCUGCAGCGCUAAGGACCUGGUGGAGAACAAGUUCCUCCUGCCCAGUGCCAACUCUUUCUGCUAUGAGAAUGAGCUGGCCUUCCUGAGCCGAGAUGAGGAGGAUGAGGUGGCUACAGACCGGGAUGGCCGCAGCCCUCAGCCGGAGCAUGACUUUGACAGACUGCAGGCCAGCAGUGGUGCCCUUGAGCAGCGGCCCUACAGACGCGAGUCAGAGAUUUGAGUGCUCUUGACUUCGGUGCAGCACCAUCCUGACCACGAUAGGUCCCAUGUCCCUUGGGGGCCUGGGUUGGAGCAGAGCAAGCCAAAUGCCUCGGGUCACAGACUCAGUAGCAUCUUAGUCUUCUCAUGUUUUUUCGCAAUAGCUUGGGGAGGUUGGAGGGAGAGUGGGUGACCAGAAUGAACAGCCCAUGGCCUCAGAUGUACACGCAUGGGCAAGGGGGUGACCUCUUGGGGUAAGGUAAACCACAGGAAUGGGGGACUCUGCUGGAGGCCUUGGAAGCAGCUCAGGAGAGGUCCCAGCCCUGUGGGGAAAGCGGUGUAUGCGCACUUCAUUGGUUUCUAACUUGGAUGAGACUGUUUACAAACAACAACAACAAACACAAGAAAACACUAACAUGUGGUUGAAUUUUUAAAAUUUGUGGUGUGGGGACAGUUAGAAUUCUACUCAGUGCUGCCAGGCAAAGCAGCUGGAUGGGGUGCCCCAAGGUUCUGGGAGGUCUGGUGUCUCCCUCACGUGUGCCAGGGCCCUGCAAGUUGUCAUGCUUAAGGAUGAAUCAGGCUUGUGACCAUGUUAAUGAUCCUAAUAAAGUGUCUGGGUGUCUCUGGGGGUGGGGGCCCACUAGGAUGAAUCCGGCUUGAUCUUUUGUGAUUGACUUUGCACCUCAGCUGCAUCAGGGCUGGCUUUAGGACCCAGGGGAGGCCCCCUUCCGUGCUCCCCUGUGCUCCGCUCCCUCUCUGUCCCAGGUCUCCACCCCUUGCAUUGAGGGGCAGUAGGGAACACCAGAGUGGGUGCUUCUUAGGAAAGGACACUCAGGAAAUUAGCAUGGGGUCCGGUUCCCACAUUCCCAGGAAGUGGGUCAGCCCCACACCUGCUGGAUUCACAGCUCGAGUUGUGCCUUAGACACUCUGGUUGUCUGGCUUCAGUCAUUUUUGGUUUAUCAGACUUGUCUAAUCCUUCCCUGCUGCCCCUAACUCCACUCCUGAAGCCCCCACAAGCCCCUCCCAGGAUGCAGAGGCUGUGCUCUACCUGUCUCACGGUUCCCAUGUUCCUAUCUCCUUUUCUCCCACACUCCUGGGGCGGAAUGAGGUAGCCCAGCCGGCCCCAGCCAGUUAUCUGCUGCUGGAAAGAGAGGAACACCCCCCUCCCUCCCUCAGCCUCCACCUGACCCCGGCCACCAUAGAGAUGACCAGAGAAAUGUCAUGAAACAAAGAAUUUCUGUUUAGCCUUUAGGGGCCUGUGAUGGAGCUGUUCCUCCUUCCCUAGGCCCCAAGCCAUGGAGUCUUCCCGAUAGUGCCCAGUCAGGGAGACCUGAGGUGGGCUUGCUCCCAGACAUCCAGCUUAAGAUUUCAUGCUAAUUUCUAGGCUAGAAGAUUUUGCCUAGACUGCCGCAGAGGCCUCGGCUCCCUUGUGUUCUUAGCCUGGCCUCUGCCCUCAAAUCUCACUGACUUUUCUAGCCUUGGCCCUAAGGCCUGAGGGUGCGUUCAGCAUGGGAGUGCUUGGCUGUCACCCACCUCUGUCCAGUUGUCAGGCUGGAGGUUGGGGAGGGAAGAAGGGCAGGUCCUGGCCACCGGCUACCACUGUGGGAGCCGAGGCACCUUUUGCUAUUCCCGAGUAGAUGGGCCUGCAUCCAGAGUAGGGUCUGAGGGGCUCCUGGUCCCACAAGGCCUGCUCCUAGCUCAUUUCAGUGGCCCAUCCUCCCAGGUCCAGGCCUGCCAGAAUGGUCCAGGCCCUGGGCCCUGCUGGAGAGCAGCUCAAGCUGCCUUUCUUUCAUCUCUGCCAAAGGCAGGCAGAUGCUGCAUUUUCCAAUUCUCCUGCCCUCUUUUUUCUCUUUCCCUGUAUUUAUUUAUUGCUUGUGCUAAAGACCAAACUAGCCACUCCCUUCAGUGCACCUAGUGGGGGAGGCCACUGAGAGGGGAGCCAUGUGCCUGUGCCGAGCAGGAAAGCUUGGCCCCUGGGGAGUGCAUGAGGAGGGAAGCCAGGGUGUGUGUGCAUGCAUGUACAGAUGCGCUCACAUGAUUGUCUCCUUGUGUGUGAGUCCUGGUAUACAGAUACAUGGUAUACACGGGUGUUUGUAUACAGGUAGUCUGUGUGUGUCUGCCCACAGGUAUGUGUGUGCUUGUGCUUUUUUUAUUGGGGUGAGGUGGGUUUGGUGCUCACUAACCUGAACUACUCAGGUUGGGUGCUGGCCACAGACAUAACCGCAGUCCGACGUGAGUCCCUGCCCUGCCCUGGAUCUGCAGGCUGUAUGCGGAGUGUGCAGCCGUUUGAGGAGUCUGAUGGUAAGCCUCUGCACCAGGUCCUGAUGGAGGCCCUGGGUGCAUCUGUGCAUGCGAACCUGUGUGAGUGCGUGGAGGUCCCAGGGUGCGUGUCUGUGAAUGUCAGUGGGGUGGGUGCUGUGUACAGCGUGUGAGAGCUGCCCAGAAUGAAGCGGCUGCCCUGAGCCCAUGCUGGUGCUGUGCCACCUGGUCCUUGCCAGCUGAGGGUCUGGGGGGCAGAAGGACACACCAUAGGGAGGCCCCUGUAUGGGUGUCUGCCCUGUGUGAGGUCACAGAAUGUUAAAUCUAUUUUAAAUGGUGAAACUGGAGAAUUUUCAUGUUAUUUUCAAUACAUGGUGGUAUCUAAAGAUGUAGGCAAUGAGA